AUGUUCCAAACCGAUUUGUACUCCACACGUCUUCGUGAUGGAUCUUUAUAUCUACUACCAUUAUUUACAUAUCGCGUCAAGUACAUGUCUAAAAGAGACGAGUUUGAGCAAUACCGCCAACGACGGCCCUUGGCAGAUGUUUCAGCAAAGGCAAAUAACAUAUUCCAUUCGGUAAAUUCUAACAAAACCUCCAGAGCUCCAUUCUCCGUAUUCAACAAAAGUGGCCAUGGAUCCAACUUGGUGAGUAGCAAAGUCUCUAAAGUGGGGCCCAUUGGUGUGAAUAAAGUUCAUAAUUACAACCAUGGGAGAACACAAGGAAUCAAAAUAUCGAGUAUAAAACACUUAGCUCCCGUUCGCAAGCAAAAGAGCAAGUCUGCUUUGUCUGUUCUCAAUCUACCACUCAAAGUGCAUAGAAAAACCACCGACAGACAGCCUGCUUUGGCCGGAGACAAGCGAACGUGCUUCAACUAUAACAGUGUCGUGUCCGAAAGUAACCGGGCCAUCGAGAAGUUUGACAGCUGGUAUCAGAUCCAGAGGUAUAGCUUCACAGGGAAAGAGAUAAAUGCUGAAAGUCUGAAGUCGAUUUAUUUGAUUAAGGGUGUUAAUCAAGUGGGGAAAUUUCUUCUAGCGGUUGAGUUGAACGGCGAAAGCAGUGAAAAGAGUGAUAACAGUGAUAAACGUGAUAAUUGUGAAAAUGAAGGAAGAGAGACCUCAAAGAAUCGCAAUCUAGAAGUCUGUAUUCUCAUGAAUCCCAACAAGAUAAAAUUGGAAAUCGGAGAUUCCAUCACUCUAGGUCAGUCCAAGAUCCUUUCAAUAGACGGACAAAAUACUCGAGUAUUCUCAACUUGGAGAGUGAGACUGAAGGAAUAA